AUGGGGGAGUGGGGGGUUAGGUGUGGCGACGUCGGGACACGUGUAAGGGGAGUCAAGGGGGCUGUGCAGGCAAUAAGAGAGCCGGGGGCUACUGUGUGCGGUCGUCGCAUGGAUAUCAACUACAACCGUGCCAAUGAGACGACCGUAUGUACUGUUCUCAAACGAGUGACGAAUGCGAUCGCCAGGUUAAGACCACAUUAUAUUUCAUUCUCCAAUAACGAGGAAAUGAACGAUCUUAAAGAAAGAUUUUUCAACAUUGCUGGUUUCCCCAACUGCGUAGGAGCCAUUGAUUGCAGUCACAUCCGUAUAAUUGGACAAGGUGAAAAUGGGCAAAGAUUCAUCAACAGAAAAGGUUGGUCUUCUAUUAAUGUCCAAGCAGUGAGCGACAGUAAUCGUAGAUUUGUCAACAUAGUGGCACACUGGCAUGGUUCAGUACAUGACAGAAGAAUAUUCGACAACAGCUUAAUGAAACAGAUAUUUGAAGAUGGAGGAAUUGAUGGGUUCUUGAUUGGCGAUUCGGGAUAUCCUUGUCUGCCCUAUCUAAUGACACCUCUGCUCAAUCCAGGAAACGCUGCCGAAAACAGAUAUAACCGUGCUCUCUGUUCCACGAGAAUGUAG